AUGGCAUCCGCUUACAACCAACUAGAAACAAAACUCCGCGUAGCCAAGGAUAGGUUAGUACAUAAACUUACUGUGGUCAACGAUCAAAUAAAAAAUGAAGAUAAAAACUUACUGACCCUCGAUACGAACCUACGACAGUUGAAGCAAUGCCAUGAACGUGUUACUACAUUACGAACUCAACUUGAAGAAAUAGUGAAAUCAACGAAAGAAGCAGACGUAAUUACCAAAUUUAAUACGGACAUAGAAGCCUACGAAGAGCUAUACUGUGAUUGUGAAGAUGCAAUUGCUCAGCUUACUGCAACUAUAGAACACCAGAAAGCAGAAAAAACGACAGUGAAGGAAACCAGUGUAAACACUUCAUCAAACAACCUGAAUCAACUCUCAGUCAAACUCCCAAAACUACCGAAACUUACGUUCUCCGGGGACAUCACAAGUUACCUGGAGUUUAAGCAAAGUUUUAAUGCAACGGUGGGAGUGACAGAUCUAACAGAUAGUCAAAAACUUGCAUAUUUAAAACAAAUGAUGGUAGGACUAGCUGAGAACGAUCUAAAAGGCAUGCCAGUUAUGGACAAAAACUACGCAAAAGCGUGGGAAGUACUAGAAGAGAAAUAUGGUAACAUACAACGGAUGAUAAAAUUAUUGUACAACAAAAUAACCCAACUUCCUCAAACUAGUAGUGCUACCAGUCAGCUACGAAAAACAUACGAUGCGUUAGAAGUGACAUUACGGACGUUAGAAUCGCUUGGUGAAGAGUUUGAGAACAACACUAUAUUGUUGAACACGAUCAUGGAGAAAUUUCCGAAGUCAAUUGUGUAUGAAAUCCAUAAAGAUACAUCAAGCAGUCUAGAUUUGAGACAAUUCCGAACCAGCAUGAAAAGCUUGAUAAAACGAAGAGAAGAACUCAAUUUUACUGAUGCUGAAGAACAACCCUCAACGACGUACACUACAGAAACGCUAUUGGCAAAAACAAACAAUAUGAAAAAACCAACCCAAAAAUGUAUAUUUUGUUCUUCGGAGAAUCACUGGUCUGACGAGUGUGAUCAGCACAAAACAUUAGCAUCUCGUAAAGAAAAUAUAAAAGGCCGCUGUUUCAUCUGCUUACGUAAAGGACACUCAGUAAAAGAGUGUACAGCUGAUCGGGUAUGCGUACACUGUGGCCAGAGAAAAAAUCAUCACAGAAGCUUGUGCCCAAAAUUGUUCGAUGAAAGUUCUCAGCAACACCCAACACAACAACAGUCAGCUGAUACAGAAACGAAAUCCGACGACAAAUCGAAUUCGACAGUCACCUGUUUACUAUCAGAUCGAGAACAGAAUUGGUUGUUUACAGCAGUCUCAUCCGUGUCAAAUCCCAGUGGCGAUAAGAAAUUCGGCGCUCGAAUGAUAUUAGAUGGUGGCAGUAAAAGAACGUUUAUUACUUCGAAACUCGCGCAAGAAUUAAAACUACCGAUUAUAGCAACAGAAAAAUUGGUGAUAGAUACGGUUGGCAAUAAUAUAGGUCAAGAAGUUGUUUCUAAUACGGUGGAGCUACUGAUAAAGACUCACGCUGGUGAACAAGUAAAAAUAGAAGCUAGUACUAUACCUAAAAUCAUCGAUGGUAUUGAAACCUUCAACCCCAAUGAAUUAACAGACAAGUUGAUUUUGAAAAAUAAAGUGUUAGCAGAUAAAUCAAACAGAUCGGACGUUCAAAUACUCAUUGGAAUUGACCAUUUAUAUGACUUUUUAACGUCAGAAGUUAUAAAGAUUGCAGAACAUCAGUAUUUAAUCGGAAGUAAAUUAGGCUGGUUAUUUGCUGGAAAGUUGAAAAGUCAAAGAAGCAAAUCUAGUAAAACGAGCUGCUUGUUGAUAAAAACGCUACAAACGAACACAAACGAAGAUUUGAAAACAUUAUGGGAAUUAGAUACGUUAGGAAUAAAAGCUGAUCCAGACAUGAACGACGAAAUAGCGCUAAAAUCAUUCGAAGAAACUAUCAAAUUUGAAAACAACAGGUAUGAAGUUUCAUGGCCUUUGUUAGAAGAAGAACCAAAUUUAAAACCCAACUACGGACUCGCGAUCAACAGAUUGGACAACUUAGUGAAAAAAUCAAAGAUAGAGUUCCUGUCAAAAUACGAUAAAAUCAUUCAGCAAUACCUAGAAUCCGAAUUCGUCGAACCUGUAGAAAACCAGGAGGAUAGUAGUACUCUAAUCUCAUAUUUACCUCAUCAUGGAGUUCAAACUGAAUCUAAAACAACACCUCUACGUAUUGUCUUUGAUGGAUCCGCAAAACAAAAAGGUGAUAAGAGUGUCAACGAUGUUAUCUACAAAGGGAAAAAUCUUAUCGAACAAAUUGUGUUGAUUAUGAUACGAUGGCGAACGUACGGCAUAGCAAUAAUAUCGGACAUCGAGAAGGCAUUCCUUCAGCUUUUAAUUAAUGAGAAAUUUCGCGAUCUUUUACGUUUCUUAUGGGUAAAAGAUUAUCAAUUAAAAACUACCAAAGAUAACAUAAGAGUACUACGUUGGCGUCGAAUUCCAUUUGGUAUUAAUGCAAGUCCGUUCACUUUGGCAGCUACAAUCUUAUUUCAUCUUCGUAAGUACGCACCUCAAAUUGCAUCAAAAUUAAGCAAAGCAUUGUACGUAGAUAACAUGAUAACUGGAGGUAUGUCAAUCGAAGAGGUAUCCAAAUUAAUCGAAGAAACUGUAAAAAUAUUCUCCGAUGCAUCUAUGAAAUUACGACAAUGGCACACAAAUGAAAAAUCUCUCAUUGAUCUACAUCCGACAUUAGAUUGGCUCGCAGAAGAUAUAGUAUCAGUGUUGGGAAUAAAUUGGAAUACUGUCACAGACACGUUAUCAGUUAAACCAGUACUCAUUAAUACUGACGUAGCUACAAAACGAAGCAUUCUGAAACAGUCAUCGAAGCUGUACGAUCCAUUGGGUUUGUGGUCUCCUGUUAUUUUAAAGGCCAAAUUACUUCUACAACUACUAUGGGAAGAAAAUUAUCACUGGGACCAGCCCAUCCCAACCAAUUUAGAAAGUCAGUGGUUUGAACUGAGAGAAGAAUUCCGUAUCAUAUCGCAGGUACAGAUACCUCGUUGCUGUUUAUCACGUCAAAAAAUAAAUAACGAAGUGCAACUACAUGUCUUUACUGAUGCUUCAAAGAAAGCAUACGGCGUUGUCAUUUACGUAAGGGUUGAAACUGAAUCUGGAGCAGACACACAACUGAUAUUUGCUAAAUCGAGAGUUUCGCCAGUCAAAACAACACUGAAAAUACCCAGAUUAGAACUACUAGCGAUAUUGAUUGGCAACAGAGCAUUACGUUUUAUUCAAGAAGCUUUCAGUGAGUAUCAUCUUACAAAGUUGGUGUUAUGGUCAGAUUCAAAAUGCGCUAUUUCGUGGGUGAGAUCCGACAAAAAUUUAUCACCAUGGGUUGAAAAACGAGUAACGGAAAUUCGUAAAAAUAAUCAAUUAGAGAUCAAAUACGUACGAUCCCAGGAUAACCCUGCUGAUAUCGCCAGUAGAGGAGCAACAGUCAAUGAGCUUUCAGAAUUUUGGUGGAAAGGUCCACAGUGGCUCAGAGAAAAUGAAUCGAACUGGCCAGAUGUUCCAGUCAAUGAAUCCGAAUCAACUGAAUUCCAAACUGAAGUACGAAACACAACUCUACUGAUAACAGAACCAAAAAACAACUUAUCAACGAACUCUCUGAAUAUUUCCUUGGAAGAUUUUACGCUAUUAACAGAAGACAAAAUUCUCGAUGCAAUAAAACAUAUUCAGACGAUUCAUUUUUCCAACCGGGAUUCGAAUUUCACAAAACAGCUGAAUUUGAUCGAAGAUAACGGCAUAUUACGAGUUAAAGGCAGAUUAUCAAAUCUAAUUCAGGUACCAAAUGAUGAGUUUCCGAUAUUAUUACCCAACAACGAUCAGUUCGUGAAUUUAUUAAUUCUUCACACUCACCGGAAAUUAUAUCAUGCUGGUGUAUCCCAGACAUUGGCAGAAAUUCGGAAAAAAUAUUGGCUACUUGGUGGCAGACGAGUAGUAUACAAUGUUAUUAGAAACUGCAAAAAUUGCAAAGUGUUCAGUGGUCCAGCAUAUAAAUAUCCGAUAAUGCCGCCUAUUCCUGGUUAUCGUCUGAAAAGAGAAUUUGCGUUUACGUACGUGGGUGUCGAUGUAUUGGGUCCACUAUACGUUUGUAAAAAGAAAGGCACUGAUAAGAAGAAAAAUUGGAUCUGUUUGUUUACGUGUCUAAUUACUAGAGCAGUGCACCUCGAACAAUUAGAAGAUAUGACCAGUGAAGAGUUACUCUUAGCGUUCCGAAGAAUGUUUGCUAGACGAGGGAUAACAAAAUUCCUUCUAUCUGACAAUGCUCCGCAAUUCAACGUGUUAAAAAACCUUCUUAGUGGUGUACCAGAUAACAACCUAAAGAACAUCGAGUGGAAACAAAUACCAGCGUUUUCUCCAUGGUCCGGUGGAGUGUAUGAACGAAUGGUAGCAUUGGUGAAAAAUGCUUUGAGAAAAACCUUUUAUCAAGUGACUCUAACUCGCCGACAACUACAAACAUCAGCAGUUGAAAUCGAAGCAGUGAUAAAUUCUCGCCCUAUUGUUUAUGUAGGCGCAGAUGAUGGGACAACGUUAUCACCCAACGACCUUUUAAAUAUUCCUUUCAAUAUUCCACUCAACUUCGAACCUACAACGAACAGUGAUAUUCUCCGAGACAUUGCGAAUAAUUGGAAACGAGGUCAGCAACAACUUGAUUCGUUUUGGAGUGUUUGGAGGGACGGAUACGUGGAAAUGCUACGUACGAGUACUAAAAAACUACAAUCAGGAUUUCGGAGCGCACCUCAUCCGCCUGAGAUAAACGAUGUGGUCAUAGUCAGUCAAGAACGAUUACCUAGAGGCCAAUGGGCCGCAGGUGUGAUUGUUGCGUUAAACAACAGCGAAGAUGGUCAGGUACGAUCAGCUCAAGUGAAAUUAAGUACAGGAAGCACGAUUACAAGACCCAUAUGUAUGCUCCAUCCGAUAGAAUCUGAGAUCGAUCGCGCCUUAUCCGUAGAAGAACCCACAAGUACAACGCCUGAAAUCUCUACUACGUCAACAUCUCCGACUCCUAUGCGUACCUCCAGCCGACGAGAGGCAGCUAUUCAGGCACGUGAUAGAAUUCGUGAAUGGAUUAAAGCGUAG